UAAAAAUAAAAUCUUAAAAAUAACAAAAAAGGUAUGGUUUAAUAAAUUUUAGUGAUCAUUAAUUUGACAUUUAAGAAAGUACAAUACCUGAUAGUCACUAUAGGUUGAUCUUAAUUUGAAUUGAGAAGUAUGACCAGUAAGAUACAGAACCUAAAUAUAUACUUAAUAAGAUAAAACUUCAAUUUGCAAAGCAGAAAUGUUGAAUUCACUAAAGUACAUUUUUCAUUUGAGACCGUCCUUUAGUUAAGGAAAAUUGUAAGUGUUCUAGAGUAACUGAACACCCCCUGUGGUGGCUUUGGUGUUUUUUAAGUAGUGACUCUUGUCAUAUUUGGUGUUCCCUCCAUGCAGUACUUAAGGUAGUACUUUUGAGUGUUUUUCUUAGAACAUUAACUUCAAGCUUUUUGUUCUUGAUGAUUUCGUAUGUGAGUCAUUUACUGUGGUCUUCGUGAAGACACAUUGUUAUCUGGAAGAUCACAGCUUGGAAGAUAUGUGUCUAUUUAUAGGUUUCUUUUUUUCUGCAUGUAAUGGCAUGGUAUGGUAUGAUCUGAAGACUAUGCAUGGGCUUCAGAGUUCUGUUUGUUUUGGGGUUUUUUUUCCAGCUUAGUUUUGAAUCUGAGCUCAUACUCUCUCUGAUCUUAAUUAAGUUACUUGACAGCUUUGGUUUUCUUACCUACAGAGAUAAAAUCCAACUCAGUGAAUGUGAGGAUUAAAUGAAAUAAUCUGUAUAGCUCUCAAAGAGCAAAGAGGUACAAUGAGAAAAAAUGCUGCUGUGAAGACAUAACUAUAGCUCUCACACAACUAUCAUGAUUUAGUGCCCCCCAAAGGAAGAACUUAAGUGGACAAGAGAGGGCAUUUCUGGGAAUGAUAAAAUGCUUGAGGCCUGAAUUUAAAUUUGAGCUACUACCUGAAGCUAUUAAAUAAUAGAAGAAAAUGGAAUUGAAUAUACCAGCAUGGAACAAUCUAAUGAUUCGCUAAGAGUCAACCAUAAUGAUUCUGAAGAAUCAGAAACAGAUUCUCAGGUAUAUGAGCAUCUAACCUGUAUGGACUCCAGGGAUCCUUCCUUUGGACAGAAUGGUUCUCCUAGAGUUUUACCCAUCACCUCUCAUGAAGCAGAUAAUUCACUCACAUCACAGAAUAUACCAGGGGCCCUGACUCAGACACAGACUCUUUCUGCAGAACACUUCCAUCUAGUGGACCAAAAUGAGCAGCCUAUUCAAUAUGAACUCCAGUCAUUGGGGGAUUCUAAUGCACAAAUGAUGAUUGUUGCCAACCCGUCAGAAAAUGGACAGGUGCUACGUGUAAUUCCAUCUACCCAGACAGGAAUGGCACAAGUGAUUAUACCUCAGGGGCAGCUUGUGGAUGUGAAUAGUCCUCGGGAUGUCUCUGAAGAGAAACCCAGUGAUAGAAAUUUACCAACUGUAAGAGUGGAUGUUCUAGCGGAUAAUACCAGUAAUUACACUCUUCAUCCACAAGCAUCUGUCACAUUACCCAAAAAGACAGUGGCCAGAAUGCUUGAAGAACCGUUUCUGGCUCCUCUCCAGCCACUUUCUUCUAAUACACCUAUGUGGGCCUGCCGUCUUAGGAGCUGUGAGAAAAUUGGAGAUUCAUACCGUGGCUACUGUGUAAGUGAGACUGAAUUAGAAAGUGUCCUAACAUUUCAUAAGCAGCAAACACAGAGUGUUUGGGGGACCCGCCAAUCUCCAAGCCCAGCCAAGCCAGCUACACGCUUGAUGUGGAAAUCUCAGUAUGUCCCAUAUGAUGGAAUCCCAUUUGUCAAUGCAGGGAGUAGAGCCGUGGUAAUGGAGUGUCAGUAUGGGCCAAGGAGAAAAGGUUUCCAGUUAAAAAAAAUCAGUGAGCAGGAGAGCAGGUCUUGUCAGCUCUACAAAGCCACUUGUCCAGCCCGGAUUUACAUUAAAAAAGUACAGAAGUUUCCUGAAUAUAGAGUUCCCACAGACCCCAAAAUUGACAAGAAAAUAAUCCGAAUGGAGCAGGAAAAAGCCUUUAACAUGCUAAAGAAGAACUUGGUAGAUGCUGGCGGUGUUCUUAGGUGGUAUGUCCAGUUACCUACAAAGCAAGCUCAUCAGUAUCAUGAAUUAGAGACUUCCUGCCUCCCUUUGCCACCUUCCCCUUUUCCUAUGUCUUCUCUUGAAGAAGAGGAAACAGCAAUUAGGGAUGAGAAUUGUGCAUUACCCUCACGUCUGCAUCCUCAAGUAGCACAUAAGAUUCAAGAAUUAGUGUCACAGGGAAUAGAACAAGUAUAUGCAGUAAGGAAACAGCUAAGAAAAUUUGUAGAAAGAGAACUAUUUAAACCUGAUGAGGUGCCUGAGAGACAUAAUUUAUCCUUUUUUCCAACUGUAAAUGAUAUUAAAAAUCACAUCCAUGAGGUACAGAAAUCCUUGAGAAAUGGAGAUAAUGUGUAUAACUCAGAGAUUAUUCCAGCAACGCUUCAAUGGACUACAGAUAAUGGGCAUAUUCUCAGAGAGACUGUGACAGUUACAUUUGCAGAAGGAAAUUCACCAGGGGAAUCAAUUAACACCAAAGUGGAAACAAAUCAGACAACGGGUUCUUUGUCUCCAGAGCCAGCCCACUUGCUUUCUUCACUUUCCUCAUUUCAACCAAAAAUAUUUACACAACUACAGGGUUUGCAGUUGCAACCAAGAUUCACUUCUCCUGAUGGAUCAACGGCUCCGGUAUCAGUAAAUAACCACCCUUCCUCCAGUCCUUCAAGACUUCUGGAUUCAUUAGAAAGUACUGUAAUGAAUAAUAAUUCUCUACUGCUUGGUCAAAGUCAUAGUCUUCAAACAGAUACAUGCCUAACCCCAAACAAUAGCAUUAUUGCCUCUACCAUGGGUAGCCUUCCGGGACCAGAUCAAAAUCUGGCUGCAGUGGACCAGCUGGUGGAAGUUGGAGAUGUUGAGGAUACAGAGAAUAUGGAAGGAAGUGUUCAUCAGAUUCUGCUGGGAAAUGUGCAGACCAUCCCAAUACAGAUUAUAGAUAGCCAGCCAGCUAUUAGUUAUUUUGGAGGUAUUUUAAAGGAGCCAGCAUUUGACGGUCUUGGAGGUCUUAUCAAAAUCUGGUCACCUUGGAAACAGCAUGCUUUUCUGAGGCCUUUUGAGCCUCCUGCACAGGGUCUCUUCAAUGACAGUGGUGAGGAAGAAUACACGGGUCCAGUCACCAAGGACAGAAGCAGGAGUAGCCCCGAUGACAUUCCCGAUGACACACUGGGAGAGUUUCUGCUUCCCAUCCUUUUAAUUCUGGGCUCUGUAGGUCCUGGUCCCCAAAGGGAGCAUACUCUUGCCAGGGGGAACACAAAGUUUUUAUUCAACUAUAAGAUAAAGCUGCUGUCAGUACACUUUGAUGUCCCUGUACCCAGGCACCAACAGGCAUGGCCAGCUAUCCUGAACUAUCCUGAAGGUAUCUAGGGCCCACCAUGAGUAACCUCAUUUGCAUAAAUUCAGAUGUGAUCCAAAGGGCUCAUGAAUAACAGAGACAUUCCUUUUACUUGUGAAAUUCUUAGUUUACUCCCAGGAACCAAAGACAAAGAGGUACAAAGCUGUCAUCAUCAAGACAGUAUGGUA